CCAUCUCUAUCUGGAAUCGUCGGUGCCGUGACCAUGGCUGAACCCUCUAAUUAUCCACCAUUGACUAACCCCAUCUCCGUCGUCGGAGUCCAAUUCUGUGCUCCCUACCCUGUAGAUCUCACCGUCAUAAAGAAAGUUUUAACUCUUGGUGAAGGCAAUUUCUCCGUCGCCGACGUCAACGGCAACAUCGUCUUCAAAGUCAAGGAUACCCUUUUAAGUCUUCGUGAUCGUCGUGUUCUUGUCGAUGCCAAUGGAAAUCCCCUUCUCUCUAUGCAACAAAAGAUACUGAGUGCUCAUAGAAGAUGGCAAGUGUUCAGGGGAGAUAGUUCAGAUUCGAAAGAUCUAUUAUUUAGUGCGAAGAAGUCUUCUAUGCUUCAAUUUAAAACAGAACUCGAUGUGUUCUUGGCUGCUAAUACCAAAGAAGAAGUUUGUGAUUUCAAGAUCAAAGGGAGUUGGUUGGAGAGAUCUUGCACGAUCUAUAUGGGAGACUCUCUUAACGUAAUCGCUCAAAUGCAUAAGAAACAUACUGCUCAAAGUGUGCUGUUUGGGAAGGAUACUUUCACGGUGACUGCUUAUCCGAACGUCGAUUAUGCGUUCAUCGUUUCCCUAAUUGUCAUUCUCAACGAGAUUAAUGAGGAUAAGGACGGGAGCGAUUGAGAGUGAAAGAUAGAGACAGGAAGUAAAAAUCCUGCUUUGUUUAUUUGAUUAUG